AUGGAUACGAAGGAAGUGCUUGCGGUGGUGAAGGCGCUGAACAAGCAGCGGGACGAUGAGCAGCAGGUGCUUUUGCUGCUGGGCAAGCUGGAGAGUGGGGUUUCCCCCACGGAGAAGCUGCUACGUGAGACGAAGGUCGGGGUGGAGGUGAACAAGUUCAAGAAGUCGAAGAACGACGAGAUCGCUAAAGCUGUGCGGCGAAUAAUUAGCUCGUGGAAGGACGCUAUCAACAAGAGCAAACGGGAACGGUCCGCUGCCGCGGGUGCCACGUCGACCGCUGGCGCAAGUACUACAACCCCGGCGCCAGCGCCUGCUGUGGCAGCUGCUGGUGCCGCUGGCACGACGGGUCCCGCAUCCCCGCGGAAGGAGGCCAAGUUCCUGUCUGGGAAGCCCAGGAACAGUAAGAACGAUGGUGUCGACACGGUGGUGCACCAUAACAAGCUGCGGGACUCUGUUGUGAGGGCACUGUACGAUGCGCUCGCGAAGGACUCCGAGCACCCACCUUCAUCUGUGUUGCAAACCGCGGUGGAUAUCGAGAAGGAGAUGAACGCACUAUACGACCACGUCACCUCUGAGAAGCAGUACAAGGAGAAGUACAGAAUCGUGUACUCGAACAUCAUCUCGAGGAACAACCCGGAUCUCAAGUUCAAGAUCACCAAUGGGGAUCUGACGCCGCAGUUCGUCGUGCAGUGUGACCCGAAGGAAUUGGCGCCGGAACACCUGAGGCAGAAGAUAGAGGAGAUCACGAAGCAGAACCUGUUCAACGCACAGGGCGCCACAAUCGAAAGGUCCGUGACGGAUAGAUUCCAGUGUGGGAAGUGUAAAGAAAAGAAAGUCUCUUACUACCAACUGCAGACGAGGUCCGCAGAUGAACCGCUGACCACUUUCUGUACGUGCGAGGCAUGUGGUAACAGAUGGAAGUUCUCUUGA